AUGAAGACCGAGACCGAGUCACCUCCCCCGGACCAGGAGGGUUCGUCCCCCUCGUCUGGGUUUACGCCCAUCAACCGGAGAAGCGUGGACAAGAGUGAGGCGAGUGUUGGCACCACCCGCAAGCGCAGCAUUCAAUCCCGCUCUCCAUCCCCCAGCCCAGGAGCGCCAGCGCCAGCGCCAGCGCCCAAGAAACCCAAAACCGAGCCCUCGGCAUCCCUCUCCUCCCUCUCCUCCUCCUCAUCCCCACCCACCGACUCCAGCGAAGAAUACAAGCAGGAAGAAGAGGACGAGGACGAGGACGAGGACGAGAACCUCACAAGCACAAGCUCCACAACCUCAAAGUCCAAGCCCAAGCCCAAGCCCACGCCCAAAACCAAAUCCAACCCCAAGGCUAAGUCCAAAUCCACCCCCAAGAAGCAGCAGCCAUCCAACACCACCAUCCCCAAAAAACAAACCCCCACCAAAACCCCAGCAGCAGCAGCAGCAGCAAGAGAGGAACCAACAACACCCACGCCCAGCAAAUCCCCCAAAACCAAACUCCCCCCGAUCCCCACCAGCCUCGCAACCGCCACCCCAGCCGACCGCCUCAUCCUCACCAUGCGCGACGACGGGCAAAGCACCUGGCGCGACAUCAACACCGCCUGGAAGAACAUCACCCAGCUGACCGUGGGCGCGUCGACGCUGCGCAUGCGCUACAAUGCCAUGAAGGCGAAUUUCUCGAAGAUGAGUCCGGAGGAUGAAGAACUAUUCCGGCGCACGAAGGAGGCCGUCGAGACCAAGUUCGCGCAGGAGAAGUGGCGGAUGAUUGCGGAGCAGAUGGAGAGUACUAGUGGCCAUGGGAGGAAGUUCCCGGCGGCGACGUUGGUGAAGAAGUGGAAGGAGUUGGAGAGGGUGAAGCUGGGGAAGGGGCAGGCUGUUGGUGCUGGUGCUGCGCACAUGGCGGUGGGUAAGAAUACGACUUCUUUUUCGUCGUCGUCGUCGUAUCUGUCUUCCGGGGGUGCUGGGGAUGGGGAUGAUGAGGAUGAUUUUGAGGAAGAGGAUGGUGCUGGGGAUGAAGAAGAGGUGGUGUAAGUGAUGCUUCUACUUCCAUUUCAGGUUCAGAGGAUGGACUUCUCUCGUCUCAUCCGAAGUUGCGAGGGAGGUGUUCGUAUCUAACUUCAAAGUUAAGGGGGGGGGAGUUCUACUUGUGUCUUUCUUCGGCGUUUUCUGCUUAUCGCGUGGUUGAU